CUGCGGCGCACCUGUCCUCCCUCGGCUGCUGUAGUUCUCCUGCAGAGGGACCAGAUGCAGGUGGACCGGUGCUGCCGGGACUAUAAACGCUGAUGUUCAUCCUGCAGAGAUCUGAGAACUCAAUCAGACACAACCUGUCAUUGCACAGUCGAUUCAUCCGAGUGCAGAACGAGGGAACAGGAAAGAGUUCCUGGUGGAUGUUAAACCCAGAAGGGGGGAAGAUGGGUAAGGGACCAAGACGACGGGCCUCAUCGACAGACAGCGGGACACGCUACUUAAAGACUAAAGGUCGCAUGAGUCGAAAAAGAGCGGGAGCAAUCGGACUGGGACGCGGACAAUGCCAGGGGGCUGGUCCAACAAUGCAGAGCUCCCCAGAACACGGCAGUCCAGCAGGGAAAGGAUGUGUUGGCAUCACCGGUGAAGAGUAUGAGAACUGGACAGAGCUGCAUUCCCGCACUUCCUCCUCUGCUUCCACCCUGAGUGGCUGUCUGUCCCCAAUCCUCGCAGAGGCUGAAGCUGAUGAACCCGAGGAAGGGGGACUGCCCUGUUCAGCUUCCCCUCGGAUAUACCCCAGUCCUACCAGCACCCGCUCACCAGCCUUGGCUACAGGGGGCCACGGCCCCAAUGUGGAACUGCCUCAGUUCACCGACCUGACUGGAGCUAUUGGUCUAGAUGACAGUAGCUUCUCCCAGCAGGAGCAGCAAAUCAAGUCCAAUGUUUAUCCCUUUGGUCCUGGACCAAAACCAGAGGGAUCCUACUGUGGGCCUGUUUAUGGACAGUCUUCCAUUUGUAUGUUGCAGCGACACACCCCAAUGGAGACCAUUCAAGAGAACAAGCAGGUCAGCUUUCAGCACCCAAUGAGGGGCUAUCCAAAGAACAAUGCUCUGCAGAGUCUGCUUACAGGAGGUCCUUACUGCAACAAAGACAAUGUGCUGGGUCAAGGACGGGCACCAGGUGCACUGAUGACGCAGGGCAAUAAUGUCCACAAUCAAAACCAGAACAACAUCCAUGAGCCGGCUCAUAACCCCGGUCAAGGUAAAAGCCCAGUCCAUGACCAAAACACAACCCACUGCCAAAAUCCCAAACACCAAGCCAGCCAAGGCUACAGCCACAGUCACAAGCCAUACCCUUCCCAUGAAUAUGGACGACAUGAGCAAGGCCACAGAGGGAAAGGAGAUUCCAGCCAUGAUCACAACUCUAGUCAAACUCAGCUGCACCGUCAAACGCCCCAUGAUCCUCAGAGCAUCCAUUCCAGGCCCCGGCAUCAGGCUCUGUCCCCUCGGGUUAGCACAGACCUCCUGCAGCCCUACAGUCUUGAGAAUUCGGGUCACUAUGGGCCUCGACCCCACCUCCCAAUAUCUCCUUCUCUGCCCCCAAACCCUGCAAGCAUCAUGGAUGUUCCUCAGGACCCCUGCCGCCUAGCAUCUGCCCCUCAGCCCCGACAACAUCCCUAUCAAAGAGGACCCCAUCAGCCCAUGGCUGAACCCUGGCAGUCCUAUUUUCACAGCAACCAGAGUCACCAAGUAGGCGAUGCUGGGUACCAGGGACAGAACUCACACAGCAGAAUCACUGCCAGCUUGGAAAUGGAGAACCUCCCCAGCAGCAUAGACUGCCACGUGAACCCAGUCCUGCUCAAUGACUUUAUGGCCACAGACAGUGUUGACUUCAGCUUUGAUGGCCCUCUAUCUGAAGGGGUGGCCAUGGGGAUGGGCAUGACGUUAGGAGGUUAUCCUUGCCCUCCACCAGCACAGAGCCACCAGGGCUGGGUCCCCGGAUGAACUCAGAGCUGAGGUUUGAACAGACCAUCAAAAUCACCCACUGGGCGGGGUCUGGCUUGGCUGCUCCCUGGUUUAAUGUUACUCUGACUUUCUGUGAUGUUAUUUAUGUUUAUUUCUUGAAGACUCUGUGAACUUCCCUACUUCACGUCCUUCCACCAUGUUUCUAAAUGUUUCUGUCUCCUGCUGUACUGAACCUGCCCCAAUGAGCCUCCACUGAGCCCCUAUAUGAGCCCCCCAAUGAGGCCCGAAUGAGCCCCACAACGAGGCCCCAAUGAGCCCCCCAAUGAGGCCCCAAUGAGUCCCCCAAUGAGGCCCCAAUGAGUCCCCCAAUGAGGCCCGAAUG